AUGCAGAAUAAUCCAGGUGUUCAGACCUCGUCAUUUAUCGACUCCCAGGGGCCAAGAAUCUCAGACCAGUCUAGAACUACGAGCUCACCUUCGUCGAAUACGCGUACUGAUCGUAACAGGCUGGGUCCUGGCCCUGAUCGCGGACAAGACAUUCGAGGAAACGAAACAGACUCUGAUUCUAUCAAUGUGGCUGGAUUAACGUUUGCUCAACGCUUAUAUGCAAGCGCACAUGUUGCUAGCAAGCAAGGGAAUGUGGAUGCUGAUUCAGAUAGAAAUCAUACACAAAUACCGUGCGCAUCUGCAGCUAGCAGCGAACACACUGCACCAAACCGACAUAUCUCGAGAUCUUCGCCACACCUUUCUAUGGAAACACUUUCUGUAAAUGCCUACGCCAAUUCCAGGGAAUACAAUACGUCACUUAGCACCGGAGGGUCGCUCUACAAAAAGGUACCAGGACACACGCAAACACCCUCUGCGUCAAACGGAGGUCAUACCUCUCAUACCGGGCCUUCUCAUAGAACGCGAUCACUUCCCAUCCCUCCACAUAUCUCUACAAAUGGCAAUAAUCGCCGCGCUUCGACCGUGCCCACCACUACUACUACGUCGAUAUCCGCGUUCAUGAAGCCAUACACCUUCACCCCUCCUUCAGAAACUCCAAAUCGUGUACUAGUCGUACGACCGCCCGUAAAACACACCCAUUCCCAGCAAAGCGAUACGAGCGCUGUACCACUACCUGUGAAGCUUAGCGCUAUUCAAUACAGUUCACUUCCUCAAUAUAGUUCCUCGCCCUCGAGCUCCGCAUCCAUCCCGCACAAUGUCUCCCCCGCUUCAGCGCCACCUCCCCAAACACUAUCCACAACGGACACUCAACCUCAAAUUGCCAACUUCCCUCCACCCCAAAAUCCAUUAACGCCCCCUUUGUCGCCGCCUAAUCAAGUCAAGAAACCUUAUAAUAACAGCAAGAAUGUGCUGGCAUCAGCAUUUGGAAGAGCGGCCUUACGUUUUGUUGGCUCAGUUGUAUUGGGAAGCAUAUUUGACGCUGUGCCUCUCGAUUCACUUUUUUCUGGAAUCGCUAGUUCCGUGCUCGACGCGGGAACCCUGGAUACCUUAACCAGUAGUCUUGCGAAUCUCAGUUUGAAGGACGUAGGGCUUGAUUCGUCGCAGUUACAAGCUGCAUUCACGGGAGUUCCGGGCACGGAUUAUCAGAGUAUCAUCAACUCUAUCCUCCAGCAGCAGCAGACAGCACCUUCUCCACGAGUGGAUUAUCAAGCGAUCGUGGAUGCGCUGAGGAAGAUACAGCAAGCUCAGAUGAUGGCAGCCAGUAAUGGUAAUGGUUCCGGAGGCUCAGGACCUGGUGGUGCUCCGCUCAGUACCCCGACCAACUACCAGGCACUUGGAAAUGCUCAAAACCAGCAUGUACACGGUCUUAUGACCGCCAUACAGCAACAGGCUGCGCAAAACGCUCAGUUGCUCCAACAACAGAUGCAGCACAUACAAAAUUCGCCGCAGGUAGAUGCUACUCAUCAGGUGCAAGGUUACUUGCAGGCGGCGUACGAGCAGCAGAUUGUGAUGAAUGCUAGUGCAGGGACUUUACCUCAACAACAACCACAACAAACUUUCCACCCCCAGCAGCAGCAAACCACGCUGACGCAUUCCCUUCGUCCUCAGCAAAGCGCUGUUCAGCAAAAUCAACCGCACCAACAACAGCAUAUUCCCUCGCACAGUCACCAGAACCAACAUCAACCACCUACACCCCAAUUGAACCAUUAUCAUUCUACUUCCCAUCCGCAAUCAACGGUACACUCACCAUAUCAAACGUCGAGCUCUUCAAGUCAACAUCAGCUGUACCCGCUGCGACCUACGUCGUUUCAACCACCCCCUCAUCCUGCCUCGUUUCAAAACCAACCACCUCGACCAACGUCUUUGCAACAACCUUCGCGACCACCGUUGCAGCAGCAGCAGCAGCAGCAGCAACAGCCACAACAACAACAACAGGUCCAGCCGAACCAAUACCAACAACCGCAGACACAACCCUUUUCCAAUCAGCAGCAGUAUGGACCUUCACAGUCGAAUGCCGGCCAGGAUCCUGUUUAUACACAAGAUCCUCAGUCCUAUCCUACGACGCAAUAUGACGGUGCCAACUAUAAUACGUCUGAACAGAUCCCAGGGUACACUCUUACUCCUGAAGCUAGUACUGUGGAGGAAACCGCCCCUCCUUCGUUUUCUAGUAUCCUGGGACAUGCUUUUGAUAUCGGAAGUCAGCUGUUGAACGGCUCGAGUUCUUCUUCGGCUGAUGGUGGGGGUGCUGCCCCUGGCUACACAUUGAUGGAUCAAGGUGGCGGUAGUGGAGGAGGAGGAGAAACCAGUGGGUUUAAUACCUUUUUUGACGGAGUUUUGAGUUAUGCUGGGUCGGUGUCGGUAGAUGUGGGAGGCAAUAGUUUUGACUUCAGUGCUUCGAUCUCUGGGGGGGAGGAUGUAUAA